AUGCCAUGGAGCCCAGCAGAGGAAUCCAGUGGUGGUGGUGGAGGCCAGAAGGGAGCCCGUCAACGCACAGAUUCCAGGCAAUCAUCGCUCGCCCAUGUCAAUACUGGCUCAGUAGAUGGCUUUGGAGUGUACAAUGAGCAGCAUCCUCUUUCGCCCACUGAAGACGGCUUUAUAACUACAUCGGAUGUCUCUCAGGGCAGUGGCUUAUCCCGUAGCACAAACAGACGCGUCAAUCGUCGCCCACUCCGAAAUUUCACAACGGGAUCGGCGACUUCUUCAGAACCUCAUCCACCUUCAAUCUCCCGUACAGAUGAGGCCAGCAUGGUGAAUACGCCUGCUCGAAGCAAUAGCGACUUUGUUCCCUACUUUGAAAAUAGUACUGGAGAAAUUUACACUUCACCCACGCACAGCACUACGUCCUUUCAGACCGGAAACAACCACUCCUACGCAUCUAUGGUGCCUCACAAAGGUCGGGAACAAAACAGUUUAUCGCCACCCUCGUCUCUAGCGCACCCAAUUGCAUCCAACUCUGCAAUCAGGGCUCCCCCACGCAAGUCAUCCAUGCCGUUGGAACCUCCUUCAGGUCAAGGCUCUACCCCUCCAGUUCCGACAGGACCCCACCUUAUCUCCUCCAAGUACGACUAUUCCGCUCAUACAGAUGCACCACAAAAGACCAAAGAAGUCCCUCGACCUAGUCAAUCUGAAAGCAACGUCUAUGCAUCCGUCCCUCCACCCCCACCGUUACCAGUGACGGAAACCACGAUCCCACAAUCAUCUUCACGUCGUAGAUGGGCGACAAUCCGCAGCGCUGUGCGACAGACGCCAGAGGCCAGUCCUGCACCCUCCGAGGUUCCUCUUCCUCCUACGAUCCAAGUAGAGACGCAUUCACAUUCGAAUACCAGUCACGGUACCACCCUCAAAGUGACACCCGCCGCAUCAUCCAUCUCAACAACCUCGCUUCACAACGCUGCAGCAGGGUUUUCCAUCCCCCGUACAGGGUCCGCACUCUCCCAUCUUUCAGAGAAUAACCUUGCACCACCAACUCGUCACGGCACGAGUACCUCACAUGCAUCCCCUGCCAUGUCCUCUCUUUCUCUUUCAUCGGGUCACAUAGGCCCAGACUCGACUCACACUGGUGCGAUGUACGCCUCUCGCUCUGCAAAAGCAGUAGCAAACUUUCGAAACGCGGUCGACCAAGCGAUGAGCGGCGCGAGGUCCAAUGUUGCUGUUAUGGGCACCAGCUUUGGGAAUUUGGCUGUAUUUGGGGGUACAUCGAAUGCGACGAGAAAGGACCCGACGGCGAGUGCGGUUAUCGUCAACGCCAUCAAGGCGGAGAACGAGUCCCAGUUUGCAAGAGAUGUCUAUGGGAUCUGCAUGGCGGCUAGGUUGGGACAGGGCCAUCGUGCUCAUGCCACGGAUACGGUCAAGUCUAUAGACAUUCUGCAAAACCCUGCUGCGAUAGGAUUCGCCCCCGUGAUGGGUUUGGGCUCCACCAAUGUUGGUGCUUUCAAACGAGUUGGACGAAAGGCAGCCUCUGAGGGCGUCAGCGGCGUCUCAGAGAGCGAGGGAACCCAAGCUAGUUCAGCAACCUCUUUCGAAGCGCUCCGUUCGCUUCAUCAUCUCAUCGCCAACACCAUUUCGUCUAAAUCACAAACCAACACAUCCCACAUCCCACACCACUCACUCGUUUUAUCGACUCUGCUCCAGCCGUUUGUUUUAUCGAGCCAGCCAAAGGCCGCAACGCGCGGCAAGACCGACGACGAGUUUCGAUCUCUCAUCGAGUCGGAGCGGAGAAAGGCCGAGGAGAAUGACCGGUGGAUUGCGCUCGAAACAUUUGAGCUCGUCGUCAGGCGUUGGAAGCCUUAUGGUCCGAUGGAUCAGGUCGGCCGCUGGAUGUGGUGCUGUUAUGCGGCCAAGGGUGAAGGUUCCAUCAGAAUUGGUGCCAAGAUGAGGGAACGCAUACUAUUGACGCUGGAGCAGUUACUCCAAGAGCAACCGACGGUGACCAUGUCUCCCAAGCCACAGACUCGCGAGCUUGGAGGAUUGGGAUUGGGCAUCGGCCUCAACGCAAUGCAAGCUGGAGCCGCUCCCGAUAAUAUCCGGCGAACAUAUUCGACUCGGUCGCCUUCACGCAAUCCUAGGGUGCUGCAAUCCCUCCUUCAAGCGCUAUACAGUAUCCUCCCAUCAUCCGGUCUCCGCGGUGAUAUAGAUAGAGAUAGAAGUAUCCUAGACCGUAUAAUCGAAAACCUCGAGUCGAAUCGAGCUGGAUAUAUUCCACUCGAGGCAGAGGAUCUCGAGGGCGAGUAUGCGGUUCAAGGCUUCACAGGCCCGGAUAACGAAAUUGCGCGAGGGUGUCUCGUCGUCGAGGCCCUCACCAAGUUGAUCGAGACGGGCGAGGAAGAUGCCAAAUUCUGGCUUAUUGGCAACCUACUCGAGAAUGUCUGGAUACGAAACUUUUUCGCUGGUCGAAGCUCGACGUCUUCUCUUCGGAUUGCUGCCCGAUGUAGGAAAAUCUCUGGCAUUCUACGCAUGAGCCUCCACCUCAUUCGAGAAACAUGCACCGACGAAGGAGCCCAACAAAAUAGUCUGCAUUUCCAGAAUUCGUGCUCGACUAUCUUUUCUCUCCUCAGAGAACAUGUUCUUCCCGAAAUCGUGGAACUAGCGCAAGAUAUUGGCUAUGUGCAUCAUACGAUGCCAGAAGGCUCGCAGAAUGAAGGAGACGCGAAAAAGCACGAUUUCCAAGCGAUUUCCAGAUUAUUAUACGCACAGUCGGUGACAUUGACUUUGGAAAUGCUGAGAAUCCCGGCGGAGGCGUAUCGAGCGCAGCUCUUGGUAGAGAAAUGGCUCGCAGACGCCCAAGGAUGGAAGCCGCACGUUGAGGCUGCACUAAGGGAUAUUAUCGUUACAGCCGACUGGAAAGUCGUGGUCCAAAAUGUCAAUAACAUGCGCAAGGCUUGGCCUGGUAGCAGUACGGCAUUCCCAGCCAGUAUAGUUAUUCCAUUAAUAUUCGAGCGCAUAUCUAGCUCUCCAGCAAGUCCGCCAUCACUCGUCAAAGCAUUGCUCGCGGAUCUUUCCCAUCACUACCCUCGCAUCUUUUUCGCACCUCUCUUCCAAUGUGCUCGGUCCAACAACGUAUCAACCGUGUCCACCCAUCUACGAACGCUGGUUUCUAUUGGCCGCAUCUUCCCAGCUUUAUGGACGACAGAUGCCGAGAUGAUGUGCAUUGCACUCAUGAAUGAGCCAGGAAUCGCGGGAUCCAGCGCAGUGAGUAGUGCCAAAGGAAAGGGACGAGAUGGCGAUCCGCCGAAAUGGGGGACUGCCAGAUUAGGUCAAUGCGUUUUGUUCCUCGAAAUGAUCUACUUUGUUCGCGACCUACGUCUACAGAGGGAAGUUUCGGAUUCUACGUCGACACCCUCAGACGUGGUUAGUUAUCUUCUCGCGCUCGAGGCUCGUGUUGCUGUCUUGCUUGAUGCCAAGGAAGCGGCUAUCCUUCGACCUUUUUCCAUGAGACUCCUUAUAGUCUCGUUGUUGUUCGAGAUACGCUUAUAUACGCGAUCUCUCAAGCCGGCGGUCUGGCUUCCCAAAGUUAUAGCAUGGGGAUGUAGUGCUCACGUCGGGGCUAUGAUAUUUGCUCUUGUAACAGCCGAGGAAGGAGAGGCGCCGUCCACCCUUCGUGGCUGGACUCCCGUCACUGAAGAAACAUUUUCGGAGGUGGAGGAGACACUUGGUGGUAUCCGAGCAAUCUAUACUGCAUGCUGGCUCGAGCUACCAGUCACUCCAAAGAACCCCCAUGGAAUCGGAAAGGAUGAUAGAAAUCCGAGCGUGCCUGGAAAAUCGACGGAGCUGGAAAGGAGCUUGACACUUCUCGCAUCGCUGGAUCGUCCGGCUCUCGCCAUAUUCAAGCUUCUGGUCGCUGUUUCAGGAAUUCUACACUCUGAGCACUUCGUUGAGCUCGGACCAAUCCUUUGGAGUCAGCACCUCGAUGGCGCAGACCCGAGCGCACUUGGUUCGGUCGCAUAUCUGAUUAUGCAAAGCGCCGAGAAAGGCAGGAAGUCAAGCGUGGCCAGAGCGAUCUAUCAAGAUUUGAACUCUGACUCCGAGUCCGUUCAAGCAAAAGCUAUUGACAGAAUUGCGAGAUUAUUCAGCUGGCGAUAUCAAAUCCUGACACAGACAAUCCUCACCGACCGCUCACACCGCCGGCCAUUUAAAGGGGCUCGCCAACCCUUGUCUUUUGUGCCGACCGACAUUGGAUCGAUACACUUUAUUCCAGAUAGAUCGCAUACCGUCGAUCGGGUUCAAUUUGCUUCCACCCUACCAUCUGAUAUUCGUAGACGGCUGAUAGAACUUGGCUGGGACAAGGAUGAGACGUCUAUCGACCGCAAUCCGGCGAAGGAUAUGGCUCCACUUUCUGUCGCACCUUCGGAUCGCCUUACCGUGCAAGGGGGUCCCGCACCAUUGAUCGAGGUCAACGAUUCGACGACCAAGGGUCUGUUACGCCGAAAGUCGAGCGGAGGGGGGCAAGGAGGCAAUAAGAAGAAACCGGUCUUCGUGCCAGAGCUUGCCGCUCUUCUUGCGGUGGUUUUAAAACUCUCCACGUCAUCCAACCUGGAACUCUCGAACAGUGCUCGAAACCUUCUGCUGGAGGUCCUCCGAGACGAUCCGGGAAUUUUUGCUCGGCCCCACCUCGAACAUCUCCUCGACGAUCCCCGAGCGAUUUUGCAACUCGAUGAAUCUAUGCAUCUGCAAGCUAGGAUGCCUGCCGCGCUCUCCCAUCUUAUCUUCAAUCACUUUGCCGGAGUACUGAAACACUUGGCUCGGGUACAGUCGCUAGAGAAUCCUCUAGUGCUGUAUGCAUACAGUAUGCCCUCUAUUGCGCAUACGGCCGCGCACGUGAGCGGUAUCUCCAUCCGUGAACUCAAGCGAGCAAAGCUGGAUCAAAUUAUGCUGCCCUCCGGUUCCCUGUGGUUCACAGAUAGCAUGCUUCCUGGGCCCAUGUUCCCACGUGGUCUGGCCGGACCAGCGACGCCCUUUGAGCUACUACCGCCCUCGCUCGUUGCGAUCACAAUGGUCAGGACAGCCCAGAACAUGAUGCUCACCAAUCUCCUGAAAAGAGAUUCGAAGGAAGUUCACACAAUUCGUAAAAUGUUUACCAACUUCACUUUACCUGCUCUGACGAAAGAGGUUGGUUUCGCUGAGAAACAACAAAUUUCGCGUUUUCUGCCUCUGGAUGCCUCCGCUCUCAGUUUGAAGCCACUCACAAACGACGAAGUCAACGUUCGCCUCAUCUCUCUUGCGUUGGCGCGCUCCCACUUGGUACUGGUUGCUCAAAUCUUUCGCUGUCUCAGCCCGCAAACAAACGAUGUCCAGGAGGUAUUCCAGCUACUGGAUACCGUGAAUCAAAUUCUUAUUGCCCACGGUGGCGAUACUGGGAUUGUCUCGCAUGCUAUGAUAGCUUACAUGCUGGCUAUGGCGAGAUUCCGCAGGUUGUUUUCGUCGAAUGGAGGUUUUGUUCUCAUUAUGCCUGCCGUUUGGAAGACGUACUGCGAUUCUGAAGGAGGGAGCAAGGCCAUCAGGGGUGCCAUAGAAUAUGCCGCCAAUCGAUUCAACGCCAUUCAUACGGAUACAUUCAUCUUCCAAGCCGUAGAUGCAGCCGCUUCCAUGGUUGCACAUCCAUCUCUGUUGGCCCCAGAGAGCUUUGCGAGGAACGUCGCAACCUUGAUAUCAUCUCUGGGCGCGUCCUUCAGAGGGGAAAUAAAUGCGGGUGGUAUUCAGAAUGCCACAAGAUCUGAUGAAAGGGACGCAAUGCUUACUCGGCUCAAUGAGCCUGAAGUGCUCAUCAGCGCGGCCGAGGGACAAGGCAACAUGAGUGCCAUGGUCGACGAAUUUGGAGGAAGGGUAUUUUCACAGGAAAACGUUGCGCGACUGCUACUCACUGUAAUUGCGGACGACCCUACCAUUGUUCGAGCAGAAAACUUUCUCAAGCUUUUCCGCUUUAUCACACCAAGUUUGUACGACAACUCCAUGCAGGCUAGAACUGUCAUCCGGGAAGGCAUUGAUGCGCUUGGGAGAACCGUUUUUGCGCGCUCGUGGACACCACGAACGGAGGUGCGAGCGGCACAAGGCGAAUCAGGGGCCAAUGUACCAGACAUGCGCUCCACACAGCCCACUGCCGAAUUCAGCUCCGCACGACUUCUCGCCAAAGCAACCGCGCCGAGCAGCCUCCACUCGAUGAGACAAGACUAUCUUCAACUCAUUGUUGCGUACACCAAAGCAGGUGGACAGCUCCCCACCGACGUCGCUCGACGUGCUGUCGAAAUGGUCAAGAGCAUCCUGCGCGAAAGCCCAAGCUCAAUCACGAACAAUGUCGCAAUGUUCUUGCGAGAGUUCGCAGACUCAUCUCUUCUCAAGCCUGGAAAGGCUGUGACAUCCCAAGAAGCAAUCGCUCUCCUAGGGGAAAUACCAGUCCUUGUGCACCAGUAUGGCCUCGCCGUCGACUUCUCGGGGAUUUUCGAGGUUCUUACUCGAAUGUGCUCCGAGGACCGAUUUAUUGCAGACCACGGCUUUAAUCGCAUGGUCGUCUCUGGUUUUUUCAGGGCGGGUUUCAACUCGGUGGAGUCGGCGUCAUUGACAAAUACGCUUCGUGGCAUAGGCUACCGACGCUCGCUCGUAACGCUUACGGCAGUUCUGGCGCUUUUGCCAGGUAUUGACGUCCUUAGUCAUCUCCAAUCUCGACGCGCAAACGCGGGUAUACUAGCGGGCUUCAUUAUCCCCCUUUGUCUUCAUCUUCCGAGCUCGGCACCCACUCACGCCACGGCGGCUUCACUACGACGGACGUGGCUACAUCUUAUUGGCUACGCAUUCAAUGCAUGCCUCAAUGUCGCACAUGGACGAGCUGCGCCAAAGACAACCGGAACCGGACUCCAGGCACGACCAUCGUGGGGGGACGGACAGCAUAGUUCCCCCCGAGGAAUCGUAGCAUCGCUUCUAUUCGCUCUCCAAGCGAUAAAGAUUAUCCUUAUUCGCGUAGGCGAGGAGAUCUCCAAGGCGCUACCCGACAUCUGGCUACGCGCCUCCAAUCUGAUUCGAGAGAGUCUCAAGGACAGCAAUGGAAACUUUUUCCUCAGUAGCGACCUAGCUAAUGACAUGUCACCAAUCCCAUCACCUUCCUCUUCUCGUCCUCCUUCGCCCAGUCAGCAGGCUGACUAUCAAGGGAGCGCAGUCGGGCCUAAUCGAGAACGUACACCUCGCGCGGUUGACUACGCAGCUUGGUCCAUUCUGGAGCUCAUUUGCUUCUACCGCAUGCCACUCAGCAUUCACCUACGUCUCUGGCUCCAGGAGCGCCUGAGUCUCCUCGAAGCACGGCUUGAUGCGGCAGGUGUCUCAACACGCGUUUCGUCUUUUAUGCGCGACCCCCGACGGCAGUCAUUUUCCCCUUAUAGCAAGGCACGCCGGCGAUCUGGUGUCCCGUCCAACACUCCUUCACCAGACGCAUCGCCAUCUCUGGGAGCUGUCCGAGUGGGGUCACCCCACCACAUAUUCUUCUUGGGUCCUGAGUUUCAGAUUAGAGAGGCCAAGGGGGCAUCUACACCGGUAGACCCUCUCAGAGCGGCAGCCAAGCUAAUAUCAAUGACUCGACCCAAGUUGGUACAAGACUCGCAUCGUCGCGUAAGCGUCGUCCGAAUCUUCUGGGGAUAUGAAGCAUUUACAGGAGAUGACAUGAGCGGCUUCGAGGCAUGGACGAUGGCUUCUGCAUUGAAGAAGAUUACCGCCGAGACCAAGGAGCUUACGAGAGAGUUUCAUGACGUCGCCAAACUGGAGGGUGACGAUUAG